CUAUUUGGUGCGUCACAAACAGUUCUUUCUAACUUUGCUGUUUGUGCACUUCCAGCUAUUUAACGUGUCAGUCUCCUGCUCCUUCCUUGAACUUGAUGCUAUUUUCCUCAGACACCGACUGUGAAAGGACGCAUCCCAGGAGCACAGCGGGACCGUUUUUAGGAUGUUUCCUUUGGCGGAAUCGCUAAAGUAGAAGACUUUGCAGUUCUCGAUGUGCCCAUUAAUUAACCAGGCUGCUGACACACUCUCUGGAAAAUCUGAAGACUCACGCAGACUCCGACGAGAGUUUUGAUGUCCACCGAUGUCGUCCUCAGAGAAAACUGUUCUCACCAAACCCACGCUGACAGAGGCCCAGGUUGUUGAGUUGGCUGAGCGGUUGUAUGGUCUGAAGGUCUCCAGUGUCCAACCAAUGCCCAGUUACGAUGACCAGAACUUCCAUAUCCUGGUGUCUGAGAACCAGGCAAUUAGAGAUCACGGUCACAGCUACGUCCUCAAAGUGAUGAACACGGCUGACAGUGAAGAUGCUGAUUUGAUUGAAGCACAAACACGAGCCAUGAUGUUUUUGUGUGAGAAAGGAUUCCCGGCACCCACACCUAUCCCAACCAUUGAUGGCAAGAUUAUGUCUUUGGAGACCAUUGAACAAGAAAAUGAAUGUCGACGGCAUAUGAUCAGGUUACUGACAUAUCUGCCUGGGACCCCAUUUGUCAAUCUCACUUUGGAUGAUCGGACUUUCUACAAAAUGGGUAGAACCUUUGCCCAAAUGGACAAAGCUCUUCACGAGGAGUUCCGGCACCCAUCCACAAAGAGUCUGCAUCGAGAAGGAUUCAGAUGGAACCUUUCAAAUUUUCAUCUCCUGGAAAAGUACCUGCCUGAAAUGAAGGAAGGUGAAACACGCUCAAUUGUCAAACAAGUUCUUGAGCAGUUCAAAGAAAAGGUACUCCCCAACCUCAGCAAAUUUCGCAGAAGUAUUAUUCAUGGAGACUGCAACGAGCAUAACAUUCUGCUAGCACCAGUGGAUCCCUUGGCAUUGGAAGGUAUGACAGAGAGGUCCAGCACAACACACCCACAACCAGAGUUCCACAUCUCUGCAAUCCUGGACUUUGGUGACAUGAGCUAUGGCUGCUUUGUGUAUGAGCUGGCCAUCAGCAUUACGUAUCUGAUGAUUGGGAGAGUCGAGCCCCUCAGGGUUGGGGGACACGUCAUAGCAGGUUUUGAGAGUGUCAUCCCACUGACAGAGGAUGAGCGUGAUUCUCUGUUCCUGCUGGUACUCUGUAGGUUUUCCCAGUCACUGCUUAUUGCCAGCUACAGUGUGCGUUUGCAUCCCGAGAAUGAGAAAUACAUCAUGGUGUCAUUGAGGCAAGGUUGGAAGUGCCUGCACCAACUGUGGCACCAGGGCAAAGAGGCAGUCGAGAGGAUCUGGUUUGACACAGCCAGAUCCUACCAGAUCGAGAGUGGAUAAGGGUUAGGUCAGUGAUGAGGAGAUGAGAAAGAUCCCAGAGUGAUUACUGUAUCGCCUCUGGUCCUCCUUCAGGGAGUGCAGUAGAGUAACAUUCCCUUCUCAUUCCUCUUCCUCACCUCACUCUUUAAAGUCGGGAGCUAAACAGGAAGAAUGCUGGGACAAGAAAAAGGACAUUUGGUUCACUUCUGUCUCUCGACAGACCCUGGACCACCUGGUCUAUGCAAAACUCUGCUGGUCUGUUUAGUUUUGGGGUGAGUCCGGCCUCCAAGUGACACUGAAGGAGGCUGGGACUAUGAAUCUCCCCUUAUGUUUGAUCAUUGUCAUUCUUUGUGUGAGCAACUCAGAUUGUCCACGUCCAACUGUGCUAUGUCAGCAUCAGACUGAGCCUGUCAGGCUAUCCAGUGUUUGUGUCAGACUGUUCUGUGUCCACUUCAAACUGUUUCAUUUCCACGUCAGACAGUUCAGUGGUCCCUGUCAUGUCCCUGUCAGACUGUCCCAUUUCCCUGUCAAACUGUCAUGUAUAUCUGUGUCUGACUGUCCCUGUCAGACCAUCCCCUGUCUGUGUCAGACUGCCCUGCGUCCCUGUCAAACUGUCAUGUAUAUCUGUGUCCAACUGUCCGUCAGAUUGUCCCCUGUCCGUGUCAUUCUAACCCUGUCAGACUGUCCUGUGUCUGUGUCAGAUUGUAUCAGUCAGAAUGUACUGUUUUUUUUGUUAUCUUAGGGAUGGACCGAUCAAAAUGUAGCUGUUGACUGGAAUAAGGUCCCUCUAAUACAGAAACUGAGCAAAGUCCCUAUCUCAAAUUCCUGUCAAUUUAAUUGGCUUUAGGUUGGUUUUCCAUUAGGGUUGCCACUUCCUGUGCCCCGCCAAUCCUUAUUUGGCCAGUGCAGGGUACCACAACCCCAGGCUGUCUGCACCCCAGAUCCUGUCCAGGCUGAAACAUGACUCAUGAGGCCCCUAGUGUUUAAAUUAGGUUGAUCUGAAGAUUCUUGGCCAAUGUCUAGUGAGUGGGUCAAGUCUGACCUGACUCAGACCCCACCUGGAGACACUGAGUUGAGAUCUGGAGCCUCCACAUCUAGCAGGAGAAAUCAGGGUGGAAUGCAGUCACCAGAAUGAUCCCAGGGCAGGAGGGUCAACAUGGAUUUAUGUGUGGGAAGUGUUGCCUGACAAAUCUUUUAGAAUUUUUUGAACAGGUAACCAAGAAGAUGGAUGAGAGUAGGGCAGUGGAUGUGGUCUAUAUGGACUUUAGUCAGACCUUUGACAAGGUCCCACACAGCAGGCUAGUCAAGAACGUUAUGUCGCAUGGGAUCCAGGGGGAGCUAGUUAAAUGGAUUCGAAAUUGUCUCGAUGGUAGGAAGCAGAGGAUGAUGGUUGAACGUUGUUUCAUGGACUGGAGGCCUGUGACUAGUGGUGUGCCACAGGGGUCAGUGCUGGGAUGUUUAUUAUAUGUUAUUUACAUAAAUGAUCCGAAUAUGAACAUAUAAGGCAUGAUCAGUAAGUUUGCAGAUGAUACAAAAUUAGGGGGUUGAUAGCGAAGAAGGUUAUCAAAAAUUACAGAGGGAUCUUGAUCAGAUGGGUAAGUGGGUUAAGGAUUUGCAAAUGAAAUUCAAUGCAGAUAAGUAUGAGGUGUUGCACUUUGGAAAGUCAAACAGACUUAUACAGUAAAUGGUAAGGCCGUGAAGAGUGUUGUGGAACAGAGGGAUUCAGGAGUAUAGUUUAUUGAAAGCGAUGUCACAAGUAGACAGGGUGGUGAAGAAGACAUCUAGCAUGCUGGCCUUCAUUUAUCGAGAAAUUUUGUAUAGUUGGGACAUUAUGUCACAGUUGUACAAGUUGCUAGUGAGGCCGCACUUGGAGCAUUGUAUACAGUUCUGGUCACCCUGUUAUAGGAAAAACAUAGUUAAAUUGGGAAGCGUGCAAAGAAGAUUUACGAGGAUGUUGCCAGGACUAGUAGGCCUGAGUCAUAGGGAGAGGUUUGCCAGGAUAAGACUUUAUUCUUUGUAACGUAGGAGAAUGAGGGUGACCUUACUGAGAUGUAUAAAAUCAUAAGGGGUGACCUUACUGACUUACCUAUUUUGAUAGGUCCAACCCUAGGAUAACAAAAAACAGCACAUUCUGACUAAUACAAUCUAACAUGGACACAGGACAGUCUGACAGGGUUAGUCUGUCACGGACACGGGGCAAUCUGACACAGACAGAAGGCAUAGGUUUAAGGUGAGAGGGGGUAGGUUUAAGAAGGAUCUGAGGGGCAACAUCUUCAUGCAGAGAGUGGUGUGUAUAUGGAAUGGGCUGCCAGAAAAAGUGGUUGAGGCAGGUACAGUAACAACAUUUAAAAAAACAUUUCGAUAGGUACAUGGAUGGGAAGGGUUUACAACGAUCUGGACCAAAUCCAGGCAAUUAGAACAAGCUGACAGGGCACCACGGUCUGCAUGGACCAGUCAGAGCUGAAGGGCCUGUUUCCAUUUCUAAUACUGUAUAGCUGUAUGACUUUAAAUUGCUCGAAUGGCAUUGAACAGGUGAUGUGAUGAAAUUGACAACAGGGACAUAACUUUAAAAGCAGAGUAUGGCUAUUUAAAGUUGAAAUAAGGAAGUAUUUCUUCACACAAAGGACAGUUGUAAAUCAGGCACUUGCUUCACUAAAGGCUGCAGCACUGAGGGUCAGUUGCAGGUCCCAAGGUUGGCAUGGGUGUCUGGGUAAGGGAAUUAAGAAAUACAGAGUGAAGCCAGAUGAGUGAGGCAGGGGCCUGCCAAUGAUCUGAACAUUACAGGCUCAUAGGGCUUAACAGCGUCCUGUUCCUACAUAACUAAACACUGUCAAUCCCUCUUCACAACCAGUAGUUGUAAUAGCAGAUGUCGGGAUUUGAAUGAAGGGCCAGGCAUUUGCUGGUUACUCAGUGAUUGUGUGCAUUGUGUUAACAAGUCUAGCCCUCCAGCAGAAAAAUUAUACCAUGAUAAAACAAUUUGUGAAAUGAUUAUUAUAUAACAUCAUGCAAUAUCUGGACAAUAAUUCAAUAACUUCUGCUUGUUUCUUUGGUUUUUUUUGACUUUACCUGACAAAAAAAACCAUAAGCCUCAUUUAUAGAUAUUGCGAUAAUACGUUUAUUAAUCACAAUUAUCAGGAAUUCAUCCAUUUAUGGGUUGACGGGGAAGAUGUUAGAGGAUGGUUGAUGUGAAUCCAGUUAAUUCACUAGUUUUGCAAAAACCAAGAGUUGGAGUAUGCCAUUGGGCCCUUAAGCCUGUUCCAAACCCAACAAGCUGAUCACCAAUUGCAAGUGCACCUUCCCACGUUCUGUGAUUCUUCCACGAUCCGAACAUCCAUCAAUCCUAGCCUUCUUAAACUCUGCCCUCAUAAAACAAUUGGACAGACAAGACAUGGAUAUUAAGAACAGAAAAGAGAAAAAAGGGGAACAUAGUUCAGUUGCACCAGGUAGUAACACAAGGGUUCUUCCUGUUCCUUUCAAUUCCUUUUCAGUGUUUGCUGUUGAGAUAAGGUUGAUUGCUAACUAAUACUCUCUAACUAAUACUAGUACCCAUGCCCACCACUCCCAAAUACAAUCCCAAAAUUUUCAUCACAGGGUCUCAGACUAAGGAAUCGAAUAUUUAGAUUUGAGGUGAGAAAUGUCAUCACUCAAAAAUGUCAAUGCUUGGAAUUCUCUUCCCUGAAAAGGUUGAGGUGUCAAGCCAUGGAGUUUAUUCAAGAUUGGGAUUGAUAGUCUUUUGGACAGUAGAAGAAUCACAGAUUGUGAGAAGAUGCAGUUGCAAUUGGUGAUAAGGUUAUUGAGUGCGGACCAGGCUAAAGGGCCAAAUGGCCUACUCCAACUCUCAAUUUUUGCAAAACCAGUGAAUUAACUGAAUGCACAUCAACUCUCUAACAUCUUUCCUUUCAAUCUGCUAACGGAUGAAUUUUCUUUCUAGAUGUGGUCAGAGUCAUUCAGCAUAGAAACAGGCCCUGUAGCCCAUCAUGUCUAAGCUGACCAACAAGCACCAAACUAUACUAAUCCCAUUUACCUGCACUCAGUCUUUAGUCUACUAUGUUCCAGUACAGACGUUUAGAUAUGAAUUUAAAUUCAAAGUUUACCAUGGUGGGAUUUGAACUCGUGCCACUGGAUUGUUAAUUAAUGUCUCAGGAUUUCUCCUCCAAUAACUUGAAGCAUUUACAUGACCAAAACUCUUCUCAUGUCAUAGCAUGUGGGAGGGUCAAUCAAAUCACCUGGCAAUGAGCAGCCAGAAGGAAUCAAUGCACAAACUUGAUAAAAGGUGAUUAAUACUCAGUUACUCCUCAAGUCCAGACAAAUAAGAUGAGUGGCUUUUUCAAGGACAGGAAAGGAAACUCAGAUCACACGGCAGUUUUGGUGGGAAAAGGAGGAACAGCCAAGUUUAAUCAUGGAAAACAAUUUGUAUUCAUACAGGACCUUUAAUUUCUUUUAAUUUCACAAGGCCUUUCAUAGGAAUAUUACAAAGCAAAAUUAGGUAUUAAAAUACAUAAGAUGAUAUUCAGUGAGUUUUUGUUGAAAGGUGAAUGAUCUAUAAUGUUUUUAGAUAAUAAACCUAGGUCAAAAUAUUCCUUUCAGAACAUCGACCUAAUCAGUAGGUGUUAGAAAGCAAGUGAUUGUGAGUUUUUCACAACAGUCAAGGGAAUAGGUCACCUCAGGAGAAAUGUUUAUGCGAUAGCUAUAUAGGAGUGUUUGAUUAGAAAUCUGCAGGCUACUAGAAGCUGAGAAAGUAUAAGCUCUUAGUUUUGACAGUAUUCAUAUAGGAACACUCCUCUGUUCACAACUCAGAAACUGGGGAGAAUCAGUUAGCUCAACUUAAUGUUUGGUAUGAAAAUGUUAUUUCUCUGGAUUUAAAUUACUGUUUUAAGAUGUUUCUAACUGUAUUCCAUGGCUAGAUGGCUGACUUAAUUACUUUUCCAUUUUUUGUGCAACUAACCUCUUUUGUUAAAUACUAUGCAGCCUUGUAUGACUGUUUCAGUGAUUGAUAAACACAUCAACUAAUUUAAAAAAAUCUGUCGUCAGGUUUCUUUCUGGAAUUUGACUUGUUCAGUACAACUCUCAGAUGGCUUUUUUUUUUAAAUGGCCAAACUUUGACCAAAGAGGUGAGUACUGAGGAGUACCUUAAAGGAGAAAAGUGAGAUAUAG